AUGGUAGGUGUGAGUCGGUGGAAGUGUCACUAUUCUGCUAAGCAGGGCAAAGAGGAAAGUGAGAGGCGUGAUUAUUAUUCUAGAUAUUAUCGGUUUUACUUCUUCCAACUGAUGAAUGACGUCUAUCGAAAAGACGACAAUGUACGGCUAACAGCUUCUAUUCUGAACGGAGGAAGUACGAAUGGAAAGAAAACCAAUGUAGUUGGCAGUGUGGAUAAGCGGUAUGUGGCCAACAGCGAGCAGCACCCGAAGCCCUGGUAUCAUGGAAAUAUCACGCGUGAACAAACUGAAAAAAUAUUAUCCGGACAGGCCGACGGAACAUUUCUUGUACGCGAUUCUACUAACUUUCCGGGUGAUUAUACAUUGUGCAUGGCUUUCAGUGGCAAGGUGGAACAUUAUAGGAUCUAUCAAUUAAAUGGCAUUCUGACAUGUGACCACGAAGAAACUUUCGAUAAUUUGACACAGCUAAUAGCGCACUACAAACGAGACGCAGACGGUCUAUGUCAUCGCCUUAUAACACCUAUAAUCAGCGACAAGUACAGAAUUACAAGAGAUAAUGAAUCUUUAGAAGAGCGGAUACGACUCUUCCGUGGGGCUUCAUUAAUUAUCAGUCGAAAUGAAAUACAUCUUGGAGAUAUUAUUGGUCAUGGAGAAUUUGGAGACGUUCUUUUGGGAGACUACGAAAAUCACAGAGUAGCAGUAAAAGUUUUGAAGCAUAGUGAAAUGGUGCAGUCACUAUUGGACGAAGCGAAAUUUAUGAUUGGUCUAAAACAUGUGAAUUUGGUGGCUCUGCUGGGUGUUGUCAUUGAUGACGUUAGAGAAAUAUUCAUGGUGGAUUUCUUGCGUUCACGUGGACGUCACCAAGUGGAGAAAACGCAGUUAACUCAGUUCGCAGUUGAUAUUUGUGAGGGUAUGAAAUUUCUGGAAAUGAAAAACGUGGUGCAUCGUGACUUGGCUGCAAGAAACGUGUUGUUAGAUGACGAGCUUACUGCAAAGAUAAGCGACUUCGGGCUCGCAAAAGAUGCCAAUGAGUGCCAGUACACAGAAAGUGCACUCAGCAAAUUUCCAAUCAAAUGGACUGCUCCCGAAGCUCUGCGAUGCAGUAAAUUUUCAACGAAAAGCGAUAUUUGGUCUUUUGGUGUAUUGUUAUGGGAAAUUUUUUCAUACGGAAGAGUACCUUACCCUCGCAUUCCAAUCCAAGAUGUUGUGCGGCAUAUCGAGAAAGGAUAUAGAAUGGAACCACCGGAAGGAUGCCCGACGGAAAUAUCACGUUUAAUGAAUGAUGCUUGGAUGCUGGAACCAUCUGUUCGUCCCUCUUUCACUAUUAUAUUGCAAAGGCUUAAACUCUUUUAUGCAAAUAUUGUUUCUGUUCUUCAUUCAUAA